AUGCCAUCUACAACAAUAAUUACACAAUCAUCAUUAAAUUUACAAUUGUUACCUAAAUUGGUUGGUGGGUGUGAAAAACCCAAUUUCAUUAUAAAUACAAACAAUGCUAUAAAGUUACCGUAUGUCGUUCAAUUAAUUAUUUUGGAUCAUUGCAUGAGUGAUUCCAUUCUCAGUAGAAAGUGGAAGUUGUCACUCUCGUUAGUCAGUUGGUCUUUUCACACGAUGGUCUCUAAACUCUUUCACAAACUUCGAUACAGAGCACUAGACGAUAUAGCGUGCCACUUGAACUCUAGAUUCUCUGUGCUAAAGUCUAUCAACUCUAUCAAGGCUAUCGAUUCAUCGCUAGACACUCUCAAGUUUGUCAACAUCGAUUUGACCAACCUCACACAACUCACCAUUAAAUCCGACAUUACCGUAUCGACACUGCAGCUGGCCGGUCAUAUCCACUCUCUCACUUCACUCUCACUGCUUAACCCGGUCGAUAGUGCCGAUACAAUUGUAUCGUUCCUAAAUCAACUGUGUCGUAUCAACGACAACAGCGACGACCAGAGCAAUCCAAUUGAGUAUCUCGAGAUACAAAAUAUAAUGAUUGGAAACUGGCAAUCUAUUGUUGACUUUAUGUUUAAGAAGCGUGCCAGUCUGAGGCAUCUGGUUCUCGGUAUUAUUGAUAGCGGUGGCCUGGAUUUGCUCAUGAAGAAUCUUACACCUCUGGAUUUCCGACAGCUUGAAACCAUCGAUAUCUGGGCAAGAGGUGAUAUGGCUGCUUUUGGCAAACAUGUUUCGACAUUCCCUAGUCUGCGGUCUCUAAACCUCUCGAGAUGCAACCAAUUCAACUCAUUGGAACAAUCGCUACAAGGCAACCAAACGAUAACACGUCUAUCUCUUCCACAGAUUCAAUCGCCACUCGAAUUCAGAUACAAAGGUGACAUUGAACAGUGGAUCAGUUCAAUGCCAACGCUUUCCUACUUAAAGCUAUCACCUAUCUAUUUAAUGGAUAACAACAGCAACAGCAGCAACAGUAACAGUAACAGUAAUAAUCAAUGUAAUAUCAAAUUAAAUGUAAAUGAAUUAGAGUUGGAACCGUUCAAUUCGAAUUCAAUAGACUCAAACAAUCAGCUGCAACUAAGCAGUGAUUCGAAUAUUAAGCAUCUUAAGCUUUCUUUUACGGGUUUGGAGAGAAAGUACAACAAGAUGCUCUGCCAAUUCAUCAGUCAUAACAAAUGCCUGCGGAAAUUGACAUGUGACUACAGCGAUGAACUAUUACAUUCACUCUAUAUCAACACCUCAAUAGAAUCACUUUAUUUCUUAAAUGUACCAAGAUCAAAACUAGCAACCAUAAUGAACAACAUUCAACAAAACAACAAAUCAAUAAGAUCUAUCUUUAUUCCAAUGAUUGCAAUUGACGAUACCCCAAGCGAUUUUAAUGAAUUUAAAUAUUGUCCAAGUUCAAAAUCAUAUUAUUUCUUUAGAGAAAUUAAUCUUUAA